UUCUAACUACAAUGUCUUCAGCCCCAGGUAUGUCUAGAGAACAAGAAUCAGAUGGCAGUCCAGUCGCCAAGGACAAAAUAUCAGUCCCUUCAAACAAGGUCGGCAAGAUCAUCGGCCGCCGAGGUGCCAUGAUUCGUGAGCUCCAGGACAAGUCAGGAUGUAAGAUAGACGUUACUGACGAACAGGUGGAGGGGCAAACGGUCAUCAGACUGUCUGGUGCUGUGGAAGAUAUCGAGAAAGCCAAAGUCCUGCUGGCCAGGAUCUACCAAGACGACUCGAGAUCCAACCAGCAAGGACAAGAAGGUGAGCCGACUGAGCAGUUUGAUAUUCCCGAGGACAAGUGUGGCCUGGUUAUCGGAUCACGAGGAUCUAAGAUCCGGGAGAUUCAGUCCGACACUGGAGUUGGAGUUAACGUUGGGUCGAGAGACACAGCAGUUGGUGGUAUGAUCAAGGUCACCCUUAGGGGAGACAAGGGAGGGUGUGAUGAAGCAAAAAAGAUUAUUAUGGAACUGAUCUCCGAUUCUGACAAAAGGACGGAAAGGUCAUGUUUAGCCCCAGGUAUGGCUCGAGGCAGGGAACCGGAGUCGACAGAUGGCAGUCCAGUUGCCAAGGACAAAAUAUCUGUCCCUGCGAACAAGGUCGGCAAGAUCAUCGGCCGACGAGGUGCCAUGAUCCGGGAGCUCCAGGACAAGUCGGGAGCAACGAUCGACGUAACUGACGAACAGGAGGAAGGGAGAACAGUCAUUAGGCUGUCCGGAGCACUGGAAGAUAUCGAGAAAGCCAAAACUCUGUUGGCUCGAAUCUACCAGGAUGAACCGAGAUCCCCACAGAAGUCAGGAGAUGGUGAUGCAACAGAGGAGUUCGAAAUACCCGAAGAUAAGUGUGGUUUGGUCAUCGGUUCUCGAGGAUCUAAGAUCCGGGAGAUUCAGUCUGACACAGGAGUUGGAGUAAAUGUUGGAUCGAGAGAUACAGCAGUUAAUGGUUUGAUCAAGGUAACUCUGAAGGGAGACAAGGAAAAGUGUGACCACGCUAAGAAGAUUAUUUUGGAUCUGAUCUCUGAUGCUGACAACGGUCGUGAGGAUGUGGAGCCAGCUUACUCCACUAACAUGACCAUCCCUCUUGACAUGACCAGGAAACUGAUCGGGCCCCAAGGUUCCACCAUUAGGGACAUCCAGGACAGGUCAGGCGCCCAGGUUGAUGUCGCUAGGAGGAACACCGCUGUAGAUGGUAUGAUCGAGGUCACCCUUUCUGGAGCCAAGGAAAGCUGCGAGUCUGCAAAGGACAUGAUCAGCAGUUUGGUAGAGGAAUCAAGUCACCCAGCCGAGACUGUGCUCAUGAUGAUUGAGGAGUCCAUGUGCGGUCUGAUCAUUGGAGCUAGAGGAGCCAAAAUCAGGAGUAUUCAGGACAACUCUGGAGCUAGUAUCAGAAUCGACAAGAGGAACGAGGCACGUGACGGAAAGGUACAGGUGACCAUCACUGGAUCAGCCAACCAGUGUGUUGAUGCCAAGGAGGAGAUCGAGCACAUCAUCAGUGAGGGUGGCAGCAAAGAGUCCAAAUCUCGAAGUUUCGAUGCGAGUGAACACGUAAUCGAGAUCUACGUUCCAGAGUCUAGAUGUGGUAUGAUCAUCGGACGAGGAGGCUCCAAGAUCGCCGAGAUCCAGGAGAGAACCAGCACACGUGUUGAUGUUAACUCUCGGGAGCGAGACGAGCGUGGUAUGUGCCUAGUCACCAUCUCCGGAGAUGAGGAGAACUGCAAGGAGGCUGAAGCCAUCGUGCAAGGAAUUGUUGACGAGGAAGAGAGAGAACGUGGUGACCGAGGUGACCGAGGUGAACGUGGUGAACGUGGAGACCGUGGUGGUCGAGGAGGUCGUGGGGAAGGUGGAGAACGUAGAGAACGCGGAGAGCGUGGAGAUGGAGAAGACAGGGGACCUCCAAUUGAACGUGGUUCUAUGGAUAUCUGGGUUGAGACGUCAUCUCUGGGCCGUAUCAUCGGUAAAGGAGGUGCCAAGAUUAGGGAGAUCGAGCGCAUGCACGGUGUGAAGAUCGACGUUAAGAAGGAUGUCAAAGAGGAGAAUGAGACGAAGGUGAUUCUCAUAGGAGCCAAGGAGGAGGUUCUGAGUGCAAGAGAUUACAUCUAUGACAUUGUCGAUGAAGAGGUCUUGAUCCAGAUGGCGACCAGACCGCGAGGUUUUGGUCGGGGUCGAGGAAAGCGAAUAAAGGACCCAAACGCCCCUCCUGGCACCCUCUUUUCAACACCACCUCCACUCUCCAAAUCAGAGAUAGAUCAGAAUCUUGAGAGAAUCAACAAUCUUCAGAGUAGCUACAGUGCGCAACCGUCCCAUUUUACAUCACCAAAUGCGAGAGCAACGAACGGUAAUAGUAGUAGUAGUUACGGAAACAGAGAUAAUAUUCAUAACAAUCCGAAUGGUUGGGGUAAUCCCAACGCUCACAUGGACAGAUUCAUUGAUCAUGACACUGCCAACCCUCCACAAGAUAGCUCAGAUUGCUCAGAGACAAUGCGGGUACAGUGUCACAGAGUAGGCCGUAUUAUUGGGAGCCGUGGAGCCACAAUAAACAGUAUCCAAGAUCAGUCGGGCGCUAAGAUUGAUAUCGCACGAGAUGAGGUUGGUGAUGAGAAAGAGGUAACUAUCACUGGGUCACGUGACAGUGUCUCCAAAGCUAGAGAACUGAUAAGUGAGAUUCUUGGUGAUGAGUCUGGCGGAGGUGGCAGAUCGGGCAGGCCCUCUAACAAUGAUCCAUCAGGAGGCUCUGUAGUUAUCAGAGUUGCUGAAAACUCAGUGGGUCGCAUUAUUGGUAAAUCCGGUGCCACUAUCAAUGAAAUACGAGAUGAGAGUGGUGCGACUAUUGAUAUAGGUAAAGAGUCGUCAGGUUAUGAGAAGGAGGUGACUCUGCGGGGACCUCCAGCUGCAAUCGCAAAAGCAAGAGAUCUCAUCAGCAAUAUCGUGGCUAUUAUUGACGAUGAGGAACCUCGGAGCACAGGUGUUAUUGAUUAUAAUAAAACUAUUGACUGGGGUCAGAUUGCUGCCAACGAGGAAGCGUAUAGGUUUGAGAAAUGGGGCAGCCUCCCUCCUGUUCAGAAGAAGUUCUACACAGAGGACCCCCAAAUAUCCAGCUUAUCAGAGGCACAAGUCCUGGAGAUCCGAGCUAAUAACAUGGCAAUAGAGGUGUCUCACUACGUACGAGAGCAAGACAAGGAUAACCCAGCCGCUUACCCUCCCAUCGCUAAACCUAUCCUAACAUUUGAACACUGUUUUCAGAGAUAUCCUGAUAUUUUGAAAGAGAUUUACAAACAGGGGUUCAAGGAGCCCAGCCCAAUUCAGAAGCAAAUGUGGCCUGUUCUGUUGUCUGGGCACGACUGUAUCGGUGUUGCUCAGACGGGAACAGGGAAAACUCUAGCUUUUCUUCUCCCUGCUUUUAUUCAUAUUGAGGCCCAGCCGAAACCUAGAUCACAAAGAAAGGGUCCCACUGUCUUCUGUCUGGCUCCUACUAGAGAGUUGGCACUCCAGAUUAAAUGGGAGGUAGAUAAGUACACCUACCACGGUAUAAGUUCUGCAUGUGUAUACGGAGGAGGGAGUCGUUCAGAGCAAAUACAGAUGAUAAAAUCAGGAGUUGACAUAGUAGUUGCCACACCGGGCAGGCUGAACGACCUGAUCGAGUCUAAACUUCUUAUUCUGGACGAGUGUUCUUAUCUUAUCCUGGAUGAGGCUGAUAGGAUGCUUGACAUGGGCUUUGAACCUCAGAUCAAGAAGGUGUUGUUAGAUAUCAGACCCGACCGUCACACAGUGAUGACGUCAGCAACAUGGCCCCCCGGCGUCAGACGUAUUGCUCACGAGUACAUGAACAACAGUAUCAUUGUCAAUGUUGGCACUCUAGAUCUCAAGGCAGCGGUCACAGUCACUCAGCACAUUGUGAUGACUACCCUCGAGGAGAAACUGAAUUUGUUGCAGGAGCUAAUAGAAACACAGUUGGAUCACCACCAUGACAAGUGUCUUGUGUUCGUGGGGAGAAAGAUAACUGCUGACUUCAUAUCAAGCGAAUUUAUCACGAGGUACAUGAGACCCGAGUUCGCUGGUAGAUGUAUAAAAAGUGACGCUAUCCACGGAGACCGGGAUCAAUCAGACCGGGAGGCAGCACUGGGGGGUUUCAAAGAGGGGGAUAUCUCCAUUCUGAUCGCUACAGACGUUGCCAGUCGUGGUCUGGACGUUAAAGGAAUCACACAUGUUGUAAACUAUGACUUCCCCCGUGAUAUGGAGGACUAUGUGCACCGAGUGGGGAGGACUGGGAGAGCGGGGAGAGAGGGAACUGCUGUCAGUUUGUUUACUCGAGAGGACUGGAGGAAAUCUUCCGAACUGAUAAAGAUUCUAGAAGACUCUAAUCAAGUGGUUCCGCCAGAGUUGAGAGUAAUGAGUGAGAGGUGGGAAAAGAAGAGGAUUCAGAUGGACAGAGAGAAAGGGCGGGGUGGUGGCCGGGGGGGAGGAGGAGGUAAUCGGCAGAGGUACCGAUAAAAGGAAGAAACUUGUUUUAUUGUUCAGUUUUAGAGCGGUUCUUGAGGGAACUGCCAUUUUCAGUUUUACAAUUUGUUGUUGCAAUUUGUAAAUUAAUUGUCUCAAUUUUAAUUUGUACAAUUAUCUUGUUUUUUAUCAAACUGCUAAUUGAAAUCUUAUAUAUUUGAUUAAUGUGAGAACAGUCCAGAUAUUGCACUUCACCACAAUGUAAGAUAAUUUAUUUAAUUGUCGUGUGCAAUGAGUUGAACAAUUUUAUUUUAUUUUUACUGAAAUUCUAAUUAUCUUGAAUUAUGAUUUAAAAGACAGAAAGAAGAUCAAAUGGAAGUUACACACAAAAGCCGCAGUAUUUUGCCAUGAUGGUAUAAGGACGUAUAAAUAAAGCUGGUAAAAGUUUUUAUAUCUGAGUUUCUCAAUUAAAUUAUGGAUGAAAUUUUGGGAAAUGUAGUAUGUUUUAUAGGAAAUCCUGAGAGGUAGAUUUGGAGUAAUUUGCUCGGUAAAUCAUGGUUUCGAUUUACACAAUCAAUUUUGGGGGCUCACUUUAAAACUCUCGAUAAAUCAGGGCUUUACUGUUAUGUGUUACACUAAGGGGAAUUCAAACCGUUUGAUAUUAUUAUCAAAAAGUUCAACUAUCGAACAUGCAUUUUCAACGACAUAAUUUGUUUAGAUUCAUUUUAUGAUGGUUCUUGUUUAAUUACAAAUUGUGCUAUGACGUUAUCUUAAUUUCAAUUGACUGCGGAGCUUGUGUAACAUUGAUAAGACAC